AUGCAUCGAGCUCUGAUUAGCGAGUUGGUGAAACAUGGCCAUCAGGUCACCAUGAUCACUGCGCGCACACUAGAGCCACUCAAACUGGGGAGCAACUAUACUGAGAUACUCAUUGAGCCGGAGUUCGAUUCCUGGAAGCAUAUUAAUAGCAAAGCCGGAGUAAAAUCAAACUACGAAUUAGAAGCUAGUUUAUUGCUUUAUUUAAAAUUGGUAAACUCUCUGGCUGUUGAAACUAGCGAACAUGCGCUAAAACAAUCGAAAGUGCAGGCUAUUAUAAAUGCCAAACAAACUGAGGGUGUCUUCGAUUUGCUGUUGGUAGAACAGUUUCAGCAAGAAGUCUUUCUUGCCUUGGCUCAUAUUUAUAAAGUACCUGUUAUCAGCUCUGCCACAUUUGCCAAGAACCUUUACAUGAGUCAGAUGUUCGGCAUUAUUUCGCCUUGGUCUUAUGUGCCUAAUGGUAUGCUGGAACUAAGUGACCACAUGAGCUUUUGGGAACGCGCUCAAAAUACAUUCAACUCGCUUGCAUUUGAUUUACAUCGUGAACUUAGUUAUUUUCCAGUUGUGGAUAAACUUGUGCAGAAAUACUUUGGACAUUUACCAAUUAAGUUCCCUAGUGCUUCAGCUAUGGAAAAGAAUCUCUCUGCCAUAUUCAUCAAUGACUACACGCCCUUAGCGGCCGCUGCUCCAACAAUGGACAACAUGGGUUCAAAAAUUUUAAUUUGCCUUCUGGCAUUGGCUGCGCUAGCGGCUCAAGCACCUUCUGUUAGUGGCGCCAAAAUACUUGCAGUCUACAUAUAUGCGGGAAGAAGUCACUAUCAGAUGCAUCGACCUAUGAUUAGCGAGUUGGUGAAACAUGGCCAUCAGGUCACCAUGAUCACCGGACUAACACUAGAGCCACUCAAACUGGGCAGCAACUACACUGAGAUACUCAUUGAGCCGGAAUACGAUAUCUGGAAGAUUGUUAGUGAAAUAACUGGAUCAAAAUCGAACGUAGAACUUGAAACUAGAUUAUCACUGUUUUUUAAAGUAAUGAAGUCUAUAGCGGUUGAGACUAGCGAACAUGCGCUAAAACAACCGAAAGUGCAGGCUAUUAUUAAUGCCAAACAAACUGAGGGUGUCUUCGAUUUGCUGUUAGUGGAACAGUUACAACAAGAAGUUUUUCUUGCCUUGGCUCACGUCUAUAAAGUGCCCGUUGUUAGCUCAGUUACAUUUGCGAAGACAACCUACAUGAGUCAGAUGUUCGGCGUAAUUUCUCCUUGGUCAUACGUGCCCAUGGGACUCCUUCAAUUCACAGAGCGUAUGAGCUUUUGGGAACGCGCUGAAAAUGCCCUUGAUGCACUUCGCGUCGAUUUGGAUCGGGAAUUUGAUUAUUUUCCAGUACUUGAUAAACUUGUGGAGAAAUACUUUGGGCAUUUACCAAUUAAGUUCCCCAGUACUUCUGCUAUGGAAAAGAAUCUAUCUGCUAUGUUCGUCAAUAACUACACGCCCUUAGCGGCCGCUGCUCCAACAAUGGAUAACAUGGUUAACAUCGGCGGCAUACAUAUCUCUCCACCGAAGCCACUACCGACUGAUUUGCAGACAUUUUUGGAUGGGGCUGAGUAUGGUGUCAUUUAUUUUAGUUUUGGUACACAAAUUCAGACCAAGGACAUCCCGUUGGAAAAGCUACAGAUAUUUAUCGAUGUCUUUCGCCAGUUGAAACAACGAGUGUUGUGGAAAUUCGAUAAUGACAGCUUUUCAAAUUUACCCGCCAAUGUAAUGAUUAAAAAGUGGUUGCCACAAAACGAUAUCUUGGCACACCCUAAUGUGCGUGUUUUCAUCUCCCACGGGGGGCUCUUUGGUUCACAAGAAGCCGUUUAUCAUGGCGUGCCCUUGUUGGGUAUGCCGUUCUUCUUCGAUCAGCUCACAAAUCUGAAUAAAGCUCAGUCUGCUGGAUAUGCCAUUACUAUGGAUUUUCGAACGUUUACGCAUAAAUCUUUAAAGCAGGGUCUGGAGGAGGUGCUCUAUAAUCCGAAAUAUCGUGAUACUGCCAAACGGUUCUCGCGCAUUUUCCGCGAUCGCCCAGCAAGUCCGCGUGAGACGUUUCUCUAUUGGAUCGACUAUGUGAUACGCCACAAUGGUGCGCGACAUUUGCGCGCUGCUGGCAUGGAUUUGAAGUGGUAUCAAUUCUAUUUGCUCGACGUUGCAGCACUGGUAGUGGCUGCUGUGGUAGUGGCAGUUGGCGUUUCGGUUCUGGCACUGCGUUGGCUUUUAAAAAGGAUUAAGGGUACAAACAGUAAGCAAAAAGUAUCAUAA